AUGGCGCCAAUGAAGGUGUAUGGGUGGGCCGUGUCGCCGUGGAUGGCGCGCGCGCUAGUGUGCCUCGAGGAGGCCGGCGUGGAGUACGAGAUCGUCCCGAUGAGCAGGUGCGGCGGCGACCACCGCCGCCCAGAGCACCUCGCCAGAAACCCGUUCGGUGAAAUCCCAGUUCUGGAGGACGGUGAUCUGACGCUCUACCAAUCACGCGCCAUUGCACGGUACGUUCUUCGCAAGUACAAGCCGGAGCUUGUCAAGGAAGGCGACCUGGAGGGAUCAGCAAUGGUGGACGUAUGGAUGGAGGUGGAAGCCCACAACAUCGAGGCCACACUGUGGCCCAUCAUCCGGCACUGCAUCAUCGGCCAGUACGUCGGGCGCGACCGCGACCAGGCCGUCAUCGACGAGAACCUCGAGAAGCUGAGGAGGCUGCUGCCGGUGUAUGAGGCGAGGCUGUCAGUCUGCAAGUACCUAGCCGGGGACGACAUCACCGCUGCCGACCUCUGCCACUUCGGUUUCAUGCGCUACUUCAUGGCCACCGAGUACGCCGGCGUGGUGGACGCGUUCCCGCACGUCAAGGCGUGGUGGGAUGCUCUGCUGGCUAGGCCGUCGGUGCAGAAGGUGAUGGCCGGCAUGCCGCCGGAUUUUGGGUAUGCCAGCGGCAACAUUCCGUAG